GUUGCAUCCUUCACCACUCAGUUGGGGUGACAGAGAAGCGGACGAAUUCCACCGGGAGCGCCCGAAAUAUCAAUUGAGCUCCCUCAGGGCUGUUUUGUGGCGGAGAACCCGUCUGUCAAACUCACUAAUUUUUUUUUUUUUUUGCCAUCCUGGGGUGCAAGCCUAGAUCUCAUUGUCGCCAUGCCGCGAGUCCCAUCCUCUUCCUUCUUUCGGGCUGUCCCCACCACGACCAAGCUCUGUCUCAAGUCGAACGGUCCUAUAAAAGCCCAAUGGUUCCUGCAUAGCCCUAGGAAGAUUUCCCUACCUCGAAAUCUUUCUCAGCGACUCUAUUCUUCUGAAGCUGCAUCACCAGUUCCUCCUCAGACAUCUAAGCCUCGGUCCCGUCUACGUCGAUUCGUGGGCUUUACAUCCAUUGCAUUAAUAGCCUUCACAGCUGGACUCGUUUACCAAACCCAAAAAACCGUUUCUCGCAUGAUGACGGUCACUCUGCGGACAGAUGAGGAAACCCUCACUGCAUUCGUCCCCCCCGACCAGUUCUCGCAAGAGGUCGACGAAUUCAUCCGUAACCAUCCAAUAGCCGUGGCACUGCGAGAAAACCCCGCCUUCACCGAGUCCCGGCCGCAUUUGAAAAUCCCCGCUGAACUGCGCGACCGCCAUCUGACGGCGGGCACCCUUUCGGGUCCAGAUCGAAUUGUUGUUCCGCCGCACGUGUUUUCCGAGAAGGACGGAAAGAGCCUGGUUUCAAUCUUCUACCUCGGCUCUGCCAUCAGUGGCCACUUGGGAAUUGUCCACGGUGGCCUUCUGGCCACACUGUUGGACGAGGCGAUGGCACGGUGCUGCUUCCCCGCUCUGCCGAAUAAGGUGGGCGUAACGGCCAAUCUAAACAUCGACUACCGGCGCCCUGCUAUGGCGGAAGCCUAUGCUGUUCUGCGGGCUGAGACCGUGAAGGUCGAGGGUCGUAAAGCCUGGGUGGAGGCGCGCAUUGAGACUCUGCCGAAGGAGGGUGAGGAGCCCGCGGUUUUGGUCGAGGCAAAGGCUUUGUUUAUAGAGCCCAAACAAGCUGCGGCCAUGUCAAGUUUAUACAAUAUCACUAACUAGAACUUCCGUUAUCUUGAGAUCGAGUCGAUUUCUGGAAAUCUAAAUAACGUGACAUAUGCAUUUAUUGGAUAGGCGUACAGAUGGUUGGAGACUGGUUUGUUUCAGUGAAACUGUAUAUAGUGACUGUAUAGUAUUUAGUUUGGUUAGUUCUUAGACGUAGCCCAGCAGUAUGCGAACAGGGCAAUUCAUAUAUGUUUUAAU